CAGCGUUGGGCCGGGUCAGGGUAUCCUCUUGAUAUUUUCAUCGUCUUUGGUUUGUCUAACUCUCCAAGAUGGCGGCGCUUGUGGGGCUGCGUGCCUGUUUCUCCGCCCUUCAGCUCACUUCUCCAAGCCUUCUGCACGGCUCCUUCAAGCUCUGCGCCGUGCCUUUGAGUCGGCGGACCUAUGCGGCCGAGGCUAAGAAGACGUACAGCAGAGAGAAGCCUCACGUGAACAUCGGGACCAUCGGCCACGUGGAUCACGGCAAAACCACCCUGACUGCAGCCAUCACAAAAGUGCUCUCCGAUGCCGGUGGUGCAAAUUACAAAAAAUACGAGGAGAUUGACAAUGCUCCCGAGGAGAAGGCCAGAGGAAUCACCAUCAACGCCUCUCACGUGGAGUACACCACAGCCAACAGACAUUACGCCCACACAGACUGCCCCGGCCACGCCGAUUACGUCAAGAACAUGAUCACGGGCACGGCUCAGAUGGACGGCUGCAUCCUGGUGGUGGCGGCCACCGACGGGCAGAUGCCCCAGACGCGGGAGCACCUCCUGCUGGCCAGGCAGAUUGGCGUCGAGCACGUGGUGGUUUUCAUCAACAAGGCCGACGCCGUGGAGGACAAAGAGAUGCUGGACCUGGUGGAGAUAGAGAUCCGCGAGUUGCUCACAGAGUUCGGCUACGCCGGCGACACCACGCCCGUCGUGAUUGGCUCGGCCCUCUGCGCCCUAGAGAACAAGCAGCCUGAACUGGGAGUGGAUGCGGUGAUGAAGCUGCUGGAGAUUGUGGAUUCAUACGUUCCUCUGCCCAAAAGAGAGCUGGAAAAACCUUUCCUCCUGCCCAUCGAAGGUGUUUAUUCAAUCCCAGGCAGAGGGACCGUUGUGACCGGCACGUUGGAGAGAGGCUUGAUCAAGAAAGGAGACGACUGCGAGUUUGUGGGUCACAAUCGUUCCUCCAAGUCUGUGGUUACAGGUAUCGAGAUGUUCCACAAGUCUCUGGACCGGGCCGAGGCAGGAGACAACCUGGGCGCGCUGGUGCGAGGCCUGAAGAGGGAAGACGUGAGGAGGGGGAUGGUGAUGUGCAAGCCCGGCUCCAUCAUGCCCCACCAGAAAGUCAAAGCCCAGGUUUAUGUUCUGAGCAAGGAGGAGGGAGGCAGACACAAGCCGUUCGUCACCAACUUCAUGCCCGUCAUGUUCUCUCUCACCUGGGACAUGGCCUGUAGGGUAACUCUACCUGCAGACAAGGAAAUGGUGAUGCCAGGAGAGGACACGUCGUUGACGCUUACACUUCGCCAGCCCAUGGUGCUGGAGAAGGGCCAGAGGUUCACUCUGAGAGAUGGAAACAAAACCAUCGGUACCGGCCUGGUCACCGAUAUCCUGACCGCGACAGAUGAAGAUCAGUGCAACUGGGGCUGAAGGGAAUAAUGCACCAUAGGCUGGGCAGGGCUGGGGAUUGGAGCACCAAGGGAUACCAGGGGGGGGGUCUGUGAGGGGGCUGGCUGCCAGUCAGAUGAAUCUACUCAACAGAGAUACAGAACACUGAAAAAUAAAACGCCUAGGCAAGACAGAAAUGCAACGAUCUGUUGAGCAGUUCAACCCAACCAAAAUACCUGUAAUGGCUAGCCAAGACUUCAUGUUGGUCAAAAUUACGUCCUUUAUGUAAUAAAAUGUAUUUAAUAAUA